UAUCACAUCGAGGCUCUGGACGUGGCGAGUUGAAUGCUGAGGGGGUACUACUAAAAAAGAUCGGAUUUUUAAUGAAAAAAAGACUUCGGUGAUCUAAACAUAAACUAGAACAAAAGAAAAAUGUCAGCAGGAGAAUUCGGGAACCCCUUGCGGAAAUUUAAGCUCGUGUUUCUGGGAGAGCAAAGCGUGGGGAAGACAUCUCUGAUCACAAGGUUCAUGUACGACAGUUUUGACAACACAUAUCAGGCCACAAUAGGAAUUGAUUUUCUCUCAAAGACCAUGUAUUUAGAAGACAGAACGAUGCCAACUCAUUUCAACAAACUUCCAAAUGGAUUGAUGACGUGCGAACAGAAAGAGGGAGUGAUGUUAUUAUCAUGCUUGUGGGCAACAAAACAGAUUUAGCAGACAAGAGGCAAGUGUCAACAGAAGAAGGUGAAAGAAAAGCUAAAGAAUUAAAUGUUAUGUUUAUUGAAACCAGUGCUAAGGCUGGGUAUAAUGUCAAACAAUUAUUUAGAAGAGUUGCAGCAGCGUUACCGGGCAUGGAACAAACAGAAAACAAGAAAGAUCAAGACAUGAUCGAAGUGAAGCUUAAAGAAACCCCCGCAGAACCCGAGAAACAAGCCGGCGGCUGUGCAUGCUAGCUGAAUGUAAAGAGACUUCUCAUUGGAUGUUCAUGUGAAAUCUGAAUGAAAACUGUGUCAUGAUUGGUUCCAUCCAACAAACUGCUAUUUUGGUGGUGUUCUUUUGUUAAAAAGGGAUUUCAUGGGAUGUUUUUUGUGAUAUCUAUAUGAAAAUUGGGUUAAGAUUGGUUCCAACACUUUCUUUUUGUAUUGUAAGAAGGCAUUUCAUUGGAGGUUCGUAUACGUUGAUGGGUGUAUUAUUGGGCUUUUCAGACAGUAUGAAAAAUAAUCAGAUUAUCUUCAUGGUCAUAGAACUUUAUAUGUAAAACAGCCAGAGAAUGCAGUUUAAAUAAGAAACAAAAGUAUAUUUGUUUUUACGUGCUCAUUUCAAACCAGAUUGCCUUAUAUUUACAGGUAGAAAAAAAAAAUAAAGGACCAAAUAUUUUUAAAGUUAUUUACCUUGUGCAGAAGCGCUUAUUCUGGUAAAUUACCACUUGAUGGUACUUGCAAUAGAAAAGAGGCAGUUUUUUUCAGUGAUACGCUUCCUAUAUAUCAAGUAUUUAAAUCUCUCCAGCUCACUGGUGGCAUUUCAUAAUGUCACUCUAUUUAUUUUUCAUUAGAAAGUUUAUUUUGAGUGCUUCUAGGAAAUACGUUAGAUGUUAAAAUAACAACUUGGCAUAUCCCUGAAGUAUGUUCACAUCUUGUGGUAUAUAAUCUUUAAAUAACAUGAAAAGUAACAUGACGAUUCUUAAAUAAUAUGAAAAGUAAAUGUCAGAAAAGGAAAUCCGUUUCUGAUAGGGUUCAUAUCUAUAUAAAAAUUAUUUCACAGUAUUUAUUGAUUGUAAUAUAGCAUACCCACUGUUGGGAAUGUGUCAUUAAUGUGUUUGGCAGAGGUUAUGUCACGCCAGCUGCAAGCUGUUCUGAGGGUUUUUUGGGGAGAAGAAGAGGGGGAACCAUUUUUGGGGUUGUUCAAUAUGUAAAUAUCGUGUAUAGAGGAUGCAUUUAACGAAAAAAUUGUUUUUUUAUAUGAAACUUCAAAGAGAUUUACCAAAUGUCCAUAAUUAGUGAUAUAGAUAGGUAUGAUAAAGUAGAAUGACGAGUUGAGUCUGGAAGAAAAUACAGCACAGAAGUAGGCUGGUAAAAAAAAGAACCGCCUUUGGUGUUAUGCUUUGUAAAAUAACUGAAGCUGAGCAUAUUUGCAUUAUCUGUAACAUCCUGCCACCCUUGUGAUAAUUUUUUUUCUCAAUUAAUAGACUAAUUUUGCUUGCAUUAUCUCUUCCCCACACAUGACGAAUGCAAAACACGGCAGUGACGCCAUCUUUUAUUGGCUGACAUUGCGUUUCGUUUGGUGCCAACGCAGUGACCUAGAUCUCAAUGUGGGUCGUUUCAAUCUAGGUCAUCGCAAUGACCUCGAACUAAUCUGGGUUAUGAUUGGGUUAUGAAAGAUGGCGUUACCAGAUCCUCGCCAUUCCCUGUUGCUCUUCAGAUACUUGGUAUGGAAAAUAAGAUGGAUCUUGGUUUAUACUUACUGCACAGAUUUGGUUUUUGGACAUGUAAACCUCGAAGAUAUUAUAAGGUGCUUGUAAACUUUGAAGUCAUACUUGUAUGUAGUGGAAAUAAAACGUCAUAAUAUUUG